GUGCGCUAGUGAUCAAUCAGAAGAUCGACUCCUGCGAGCGAACAACGAAAAGAGAGAAAGAGGAGGGAGGAACGCGCGAGGUGGAAACCCGAGAUGGAGAGGUUGCAGAGGAUUUUCUCAGGGGCGGGAGGGAUGGGUCAUCCCCCCGCCGACUCCCCACUCCUUGACUCCUCCGAGCAGGUCUACAUCUCGUCGCUCGCCCUACUCAAGAUGCUCAAACACGGGAGGGCCGGCGUUCCUAUGGAAGUGAUGGGACUAAUGCUGGGGGAGUUCGUGGACGAGUAUACCGUUCGUGUGGUGGAUGUUUUCGCGAUGCCCCAGAGCGGGACAGGGGUCAGCGUCGAAGCGGUUGAUCAUGUUUUCCAGACUAAUAUGCUUGAUAUGCUCAAGCAAACUGGCAGGCCAGAAAUGGUUGUUGGUUGGUACCACUCACAUCCUGGUUUCGGAUGUUGGCUUUCUGGGGUGGACAUUAACACUCAGCAGAGUUUUGAAGCCUUGAACCAAAGGGCUGUGGCUGUAGUGGUAGACCCUAUCCAAAGCGUGAAGGGGAAGGUUGUAAUAGAUGCAUUUCGUUUGAUAAAUCCCCAAACUAUGAUGCUAGGUCAGGAACCCCGUCAGACUACUUCAAACCUAGGUCAUCUCAACAAACCAUCCAUUCAGGCACUGAUUCAUGGCUUGAACCGACACUACUAUUCAAUUGCCAUCAAUUACAGAAAGAAUGAACUCGAAGAAAAGAUGCUACUUAACUUGCAUAAGAAGAAGUGGACCGAUGGCUUGGCGUUACAGAAAUUUGACUCCCAUUCGAAGACUAACGAGCAGACCAUCCAGGAAAUGCUAAAUUUGGCGAUUAAAUAUAACAAGGCUGUCCAGGAAGAAGAUGAACUGCCGGCAGAGAAGCUUGCAAUAGCUAAUGUUGGAAGGCAGGACGCCAAAAAGCAUUUGGAAGAGCACGUUUCGAACUUGAUGUCUUCAAACAUAGUGCAGACCCUAGGAACAAUGCUGGACACCGUUGUAUUCUAGUUGCAGAAGGUUAAGUUCAUCGACGUUUGCACCUGAGACUCAUAAUUCCAUAGAAGCUUUUCUAUAAUUUAUAUUCAUUUUAUAAGUCA